AAACAUUUUCCUGUUUAUUUUAUGAAUUCUGACUAGUUAUGUGUGACUCUGUGACUCACAUAUCCAAAUAUGGUUAUUACCUUUAUAAUUAUUGAAGGUAGGCUCGGACGGAAGGUAAUAAUAACAAAUUGAAUGGAAUGAUUACAUACCCAAGUCAUGUAAGCGGAACUUUGAGGGGAAAUUUGUGAACCCGGAUGUGCUCCAUUGAACAACUUCAAACCCAUUCGAGCCCGGCAUUCGAGUCUCGAUCAUUGCACGGAAAAGUUUGACUGCGUGAAGUUGAUUGGAUCGUGAUUAUAUCUGAAUCAAGAAGUGGUGGUUACAUUAAUGUCAGAUAAUUAUCACAUAUGACUGUCAAAGAUGACUACAACAAUGACAGCAGUGAAUGACUCUUCGACAAUGUCGACAACGCUCUCAACAUCGACGUCGUUUGUGUCAGAGACAAUGGAAUAUACCGAAUGGAACGGGUCUUCGUAUGAUAUGAACAUGACAACGAUUGCGACAACGAAAAAACAGCUUGUAUCGGAUGCAGAAGCUCUCGUGAUGAGUGUGUUCCUGAAUGUCAUAGCGCUGUUAGGAAUCAUUGGAAAUUCAGUAGUUAUCAUGAGUGUGGUGUUCUGUCGAAAGUUACAAACAGCGACCAACGUGUUCAUUAUAGCUCUCAGUGUGACAGAUCUCUUGGUGUGUAUUACACUACCAUUUCAGACGUUUGCUUUAAUUUCAAAAGAUGGCUGGCCCUUGCCAGACUGGCUAUGUGCCUCUAUUGGUGGUAUAACAAGCAUCUGCUUUGGGGCUAGUGUUCUGCUACUCGUUCUAAUCGCCAUCAACAGAUAUUUCGUUAUCACCAGACCUCGUAGCACUUGUCAACGGUUCUACAAACCUCGUAACCUUUUUCUCAUGGUGUCCUCAACCUACCUAUACACUUUCAUCAUGUUCGCUGUCCUACCGAUAGUUGAUAUCGGAAAGUUAGGUUAUUCGGAAUCCUAUCGUAUCUGUUCGUGGGAUGACGAGCACGAACUCUCUGAAGUCAACGACAUCAUCGUGGGGCUGACAUUCAGCGUAUCGUUCAUCAUCAUCGUCGUCUGCUACGUCCGAAUAUUUUUAUUCAUCAAGAAGCAUCACCGUGCCAUGCUUUCUCAUAGAUCACCAAGUGAAGGAAAUGUCGGGAUGGAGAAUGACUUUACAAGCGCAGAUCAGACGGAGACCCAGCUACCCUCUACCCCUUCCUCCGUACCUCAUAAUAUAGCAAAUUCUAACAUUACAGAAGGACGGAAGACAUCGGGUAUCCAGACUGUAGUCAACAGACGAGAGGUGGAGAUCACCAAGAACCUUCUAAUGGUCAUUGUAUCAUUUUUCCUGUGCAUUGCACCUUACAGUGUCUCUUUGCUGUUACCCGAAGGUCUAUCCCUGUCUAUAUUCACCGGGAUACUCCUUAUGGCCAAUGCUUGCAUCAAUCCAAUUAUAUAUUCCUUCAAACAUCCUACAUUUAAAGUUGUCAUCCGAUGUGUUAUCUGCUGUAGGUAUGCAGACAUUCCAAAGCCUUCGCCGACAUUAAAGAAACUCUUAAACCUGAGGCGUAAAACACCUUAAGAACAACCUAUCUAAGUG